UUCUCCGCGUAGUCAGAAAAACGCGCCAACACAUGUCGUGUUGUGGUUGUUCGUUUGACUGCAAAAAUUAAAGAAUAUGGCAUCAACGAGAAAGACUCAGACAAGAAAUUUACCAUGGGUUGAAAAAUACAGACCUCAGACACUCGAUGACCUCAUCUCUCACCAAGAUAUACUGAGCACAAUUCAGAAGUUCAUCAGUGAAGACAGAUUGCCUCAUCUGCUUUUCUACGGCCCCCCAGGAACAGGAAAGACCUCCACUAUACUAGCAUGUGCUAAACAACUCUACAAAGAUAAAGAGUUUAACUCCAUGGUCCUGGAGCUAAAUGCGUCAGAUGAUCGUGGUAUAGAUGUGGUAAGGGGGCCGAUCCUCAGCUUUGCCAGCACACGGACCAUCUUCAAGAAGGGCUUCAAGUUAGUGAUCCUGGAUGAGGCGGAUGCUAUGACCCAGGAUGCACAGAACGCUUUAAGGAGAGUCAUUGAGAAGUUCACAGAGAACACUCGUUUCUGUCUCAUCGGUAACUACCUGUCUAAGAUCAUACCUGCGCUGCAGUCUCGAUGCACACGCUUCCGGUUCGGGCCGCUCUCUCAAAACCAGAUGAUUCCUCGACUGGAACACGUCAUACAGCAGGAGAGCAUUGACAUCACCCCAGAUGGCAUGAAGGCCAUUGUGACCCUCUCGACGGGAGAUAUGAGACGAUCGCUGAACAUUUUACAGAGUACUCAUAUGGCUUAUGGGAAGGUGACGGAGGACACAGUGUACACGUGUACCGGACAUCCACUGAGAUCAGACAUCGCCAACAUACUGGACUGGGCUCUUAAUAAAGACUUCACCACUGCAUAUAACCAAAUUUUGCAGCUCAAAACUCUUAAAGGUCUGGCACUUCAUGACAUUUUGACCGAGGUCCAUCUUCUCAUUCACCGCGUGGAUUUUCCACCUUCCAUUCGCAUGGGCUUGCUUAUCAAACUUGCAGAUAUUGAGUAUCGUCUGGCCUCUGGAACCAAUGAAAAGAUCCAGCUCAGCUCAAUGGUCGCUGCUUUCCAAGCAGUUCGAGACAUAGUAGUCAGUGAUGGAUAGAUGGUGUCAUGUGUUAUA